GGGGGAACUCUCAUAGAGAGCUGCCUUGCACACAUCCUCCUCCCUGCACAAAGGAUCUGCAUGGAGCUAGGCCAGGACACACAGGAGCACAGAGCAGUAUAAAAAUGGGUGAACAUCGGAAGCAGAAUAAUGCAACUAAAAGAGAUCACAAGAAAAUCGCUAACGGUGCAAAAGAAGGUGACGGGCAAUGGGGCCGAGCCUGGGAAGUGGACUGGUUCUCGCUGGGCAGUGUCAUCUUCCUAUUGAUGUUCGCUCCACUCAUCGUCUAUUAUUUUGUGAUGUCAUGUGAUCAGUACCAAUGCGCCCUCACCGCACCUCUUCUCGACUUGUACUCGGGAAAAACCCAGCUGGCCGACAUUUGGAACAAUACUCCAUUACUGACCUGGAAAGCCGUUUACAUCUACGCAGCCUGGGUCUCUUUCCAGGUGUUCCUGUAUAUGCUACUUCCAGAUAUCUGCCAUAAAAUUCUCCCAGGCUAUGUUGGAGGUGUCCAAGAAGGAGCUCGAACACCGGCUGGAAUAAUCAACAAGUAUGAAGUUAACGGGCUCCAGGCCUGGAUCAUCACACACAUUCUAUGGUUUGCCAAUGCCUACCACUUCCACUGGUUCUCUCCAACCAUCAUCGUCGACAACUGGAUCCCCUUGUUAUGGUGCUCCAACAUACUGGGCUACACCGUGUCCACGUUCGUUAUGAUCAAAGCCUAUUUCUUCCCAACCAACGCCAAAGACUGUAAAUUCACCGGAAAUGUCAUCUACGACUACAUGAUGGGGAUUGAAUUUAACCCUCGCAUCGGAAAGUGGUUUGACUUCAAGCUGUUCUUCAACGGGCGGCCGGGCAUUGUGGCCUGGACCCUCAUCAACCUGUCCUACGCAGCCAAGCAGCAAGAACUGUACGGGCAGGUCACCAACUCCAUGAUCCUGGUCAAUGUCCUCCAGGCCAUCUACGUGGUGGACUUCUUCUGGAACGAAGCUUGGUACCUGAAAACCAUAGACAUCUGUCACGACCAUUUCGGCUGGUACCUGGGAUGGGGAGACUGCGUCUGGUUGCCUUUCCUCUACACAUUACAGGGUUUAUAUUUGGUGUACAUCCCAGUACAGCUCUCAACCACAGUCGCCGCAGCCAUACUUCUGCUGGGGCUCGUUGGGUACUACAUCUUCAGGAUGACCAACCAUCAGAAAGACCUGUUCAGGCGCACCAACGGCAACUGCGUCAUCUGGGGCAAGAAGCCGAAAUUCAUCGAAUGUUCUUACACGUCCACCGACGGCAAGAAGCACCACAGCAAGCUCAUGAUCUCCGGCUUCUGGGGGUUGGCCCGGCACAUGAACUACACCGGGGACCUGAUGGGAUCUCUGUCCUACUGCCUGGCCUGCGGGUUCGACCACUUACUGCCUUAUUUCUAUAUCAUCUACAUGACCAUCCUGCUCGUCCACCGCUGCCUCCGCGACGAGCACCGAUGCUCCAGCAAGUACGGCAAGGACUGGAAGCUCUAUACGGAUGCCGUCCCGUAUCGGUUGCUGCCGGGAAUAUUUUAAUUGGCGCGAUGUAGUUCAGGGAAAAAACGAAGAAAAUUCAUGGUGGAACUGUGAAAGUACUGUCUUAAUUUUUUUUUGUUUUUUUUUAAAGAAACAGCUGUUCUUAUUGGACAAUUUUUUUGUUUUACAAAACACACAAAAUUUCAUUUUCUAUUUAAAAAAAAAAGAAAAGAAAAACUUGGGUUGUCAAUGAAAUAAUUAAAUCUGAAAUACAACUUUUGGAGAGAAAACUGAUUUUAGAAAAAUAAAAAAAGACAGAACCUCAUAAUGCCUUCCUCAGCUACCUACCCUCAGCUACCUACCCUCAGCUACCUACCCUCAGCUGCAAAACAACGUCUGCACUAGAAGAAUGGACUUACAACGAAUACCCAUACAUACAGCGUAUACACCACCUACCAAGGAAAGAACGCGUAAAGCUUUGUAAUGCGUGCUUCCAUGGCUCAUUAGAAAUCUGGAUACGUCAUUGAGGUUGCUCUUCUGAUAUUGCACCCAACACGUUUCGGGAAUCUGCGCCACAUUUUUCACGGCUCGUAACAAAGAUCUUAUAUAAACAGAUCAGUAUGGUAUAGGGAUGGCUGAGGGGAGUAUGAUUACUGGCAGCAGGGCCUGUGCUAAUAUCUGAAAUCAUAUCUUGAAGCCAAAAGUUUACUUGACUUGAAAGAAACCAACACGUUUUGGGAAUCCGCGCCACAUUUUUCAGGGCUCGUAAUAAAGAUCUUAUAUAAACAGAUCAGUAUGGUAUAGGGAUGGCUGAGAUGAGUAUGAUUACUGGCAGCAGGGCCUGUGCUAAUAUCUGGAAUCAUAUCUUGAAGCAAACAUUUAUUGAAGGAAACCAACACGUUUUGGGGAUUUGCGCCACCUUUUUCAAGGCUAGUAAUACAGAUCUUUUAUAAACAGAUCAGUAUGGUAUAGGAACGGCUGAGAUGAGUAUGAUUACUGUCAGCAGGGCUUGUGCUAAUAUCUGCAAUCGCAUCUCAAAGCAACAGUUUAUUGAAGGAAACCAACACGUUUCGGGAUUCUGCGCCACCUUUUUCAAGGCUAGUAAUAAAGAUCUUAUAUAAACAGAUCAGUAUGGUAUAGGAACGGCUGAGAUGAGUAUGAUUACUGGCAGCAGGGCCUGUGCUCAUAUCUGGAAUCAUAUCUUGAAGCCAAAAGUUUACUGAAGGAGACCAACAGGUUUUGGGAAUCUGCGCCACAUUUUUCAAGACUAGUAAUAAACAUUUUAUAUAAACAGAUGUUUAUGGCAUAAAAAAACAGCGGAGAGGAGUAUGAUCACUGGCUGCAGGGCUUGUGCUAAUAGCUGCAAUCGCAUCUCAAAGCAACAGGUUAUUGAAGGAAACCAACACGUUUCGCUGAUCUGCACCACAUUUUUCAGGGCUAGUAAUAAACAUCUUCCAUAAACAGAUCUGUGUGGUAUUGGAAUGGUUCAGAUGAGUAAUGUUGAUAAUAUCUGCAAUCAUAUCUUGACUAAAUAACUUAUUGAAGGAAACCAACAUGUUUCGGGAAUCUGCACCACAUUUUUCAUGGCUAGUAAUUAAGAUCUUAUAUAAACAGAUCAGUAUGGUAUAGGGAUGACUGAGAUGAGUAUGAUUACUGGCAGCAGGGCCUGUGCUAAUAUCUGGAAUCAUAUCUUGAAGCCAAAAGUUUACUGAAGGAAACCAACACGUUUCGGGAAUCUGCGCCACAUUUUUCAAGACUAGUAAUAAACAUUUUAUAUAAACAGAUGUGUAUGGUAGAGAAACGGCUGAUAUGAACAGAUCUGUGUGGUAUUGGAAUGGUUGGUAGUGUUGAUAAUAUCUGAAAUCAUAUCUUGACUAAAUAACUUAUUGACAGAAACCAACACGUUUCGUGGACCUGCACCAAAUUUUUCAGGACCAGUAGUAAACAUCUUCCAUAAACAGAUCUAUAUGUUAUUGGAAUGGUUUAGAUGAGUAAUGUUGAUGAUAUCUGGAAUUAUAUCUUGACUAAAUAACUUAUUGAAGGAAACCAACACGUUUCGGGGAUCUGCGCCACAUUUUUCAGCGCUUGCAAUAAACAUCUUAUAUAAACA